AUGUUAUUGUUCUACAUUUUCUUCAUUUUCUUCUCUUUUAUUGUUGAAGCAACAAAAGAGAAUGGCGCAUCUAAAGGAUUAAAAGAAAUGAGUCUUAAAAAAUUCAAAUUUGUUUCACUUGUUAAUGGGACUGAAUUUAGACAACUUUUUAAUGAUGACAAUCAAUAUGUUGUUGCAUUAUUUUGUCAUCUUACUAUUCAGGAAUGUAUCCCUAUUAUCAAAACACUUAAUAAAGUUGGUGAGAAGUAUCGACAAAUUAAAUUUGUUGUUGUAGAUAGGGAUAGUAUAUAUGAUUUAGUGUUUGACUAUUCUAUUGAAGAAUUUCCAACUAUUCUUUUUCAUAGGGCUCAUCUAAGAGAUAGAACAUUUGAUGAAGAUGAAUUUGAUAGUUUGGAAGAAUUUAUUCAAAGAGGAAUUCAACCUGUUGUUUAUGUAAUAAACGAAGAAGACCUUUCAUUGUUAGAACGUCAAAAGAAGAUUACCUAUAUAGUUUUGUUUACUUCUGAAUCAACGCCACAACACUUAAUAAAUGAGUACAAUGAUAUAGCUGAUGUAUUUCAACAAUACUCUGAAUUAGGGUUUUUCCUUGUUGAUAAAACUAGAAGUAGUUUAUUAAAAAAUAAAACAGAACAACUAAUUUAUUAUAAUAAUAAAGCAUAUGACAAUAUUUCAGAAAUUAUAGAGUACCCUUAUCUUGAUUCUAAUAAAACAAAAGUAAUUAAUAACGAAUUUGGACUUAUUGAAUGGGUUUCUGCUAUGGGAAUUCCUUUAUUUUAUGAUGGUUCAAAACAACUUAUUGAAUUAUUAUUUGUAAUUCCAAAGAAAUAUCCAAUUGUAUGGUAUUUUGAUAUAAAUAUUACAGAACAAAUAAAAUCUUAUUAUGUCUCUUUGUCUAGAGCAUAUAGAGGGGAAUUGGUUUUUAUUUACACAGAUGAUAAAGAGACAAUGGAAUUUUAUCAUCAAAAUCAUACAAAAACUAUUACUAUUCUUCAUAAAAAUGGUAGAACAUCAUACCCUCUUAACCAAACUCAAUUUGAUGUUCUUGAAUUAACAUUACAACGUUUUCUUGCAAAUGAAUUACAACCAGACAUUAAGAGUUCUAAUCAUUCAAAACAGGGAGAUAUUCCAUUUCUAACAGGAGAAGAAUGGAAUAAAGGGCUAGAUCCAACAAAAGAUUAUUUUAUAAUUUUAAUUGAUAACUCUAUCCUAUCAAAGAACUUUGUAAAUAGAGAGUUUAGUGUUGUAUAUAAAAGAAUUGCUCCUAUUCUAGAAAAAAAUACUUUAGAAAUGUAUUUAUUUAAUAUUGAAACUGAUGAUGCCCCUGUUGAUAUUUUAAUUGACGACAUACCUACAUAUUUAUUCUAUAAAAUGAAUGACAAUACUCAACAAAAUCCAACAGAACAAGAAUUUAAACAAUUUCCUGAUCAAGACUCUCUUAUUAAAUAUAUACAAUACCAUAGUUCAAUAGCAUUUCAGCCACUACCUCCAAUAGACAAAAGUAAAUGGCCACAAUAUAUUGAAGAUGAUGAAGAAGAGCAAGUUAGAAGGUUAAAGGCUGAAGAAUUAAAAAACCAAAGAUUGGACAAUAUUAAAGAAGCAAAAGACUUUCAAUUAAAAGAAUUAAAAGAAAACCCAUUUAAAAAUGAAGAGUUUGUUAUUGCACUAAAUCAGUUGAGGAAAUACACAGAAGAUCCAGAAAUAGCAAAAUUUUUCCAAACAACUGAUUGGAAUACUUUGUUUGGAAUUGAUAUAGAUUCAUUAGAAGGAUUAGUUUCAUUGACUAAAAAUGAAGAUGCACUCCGAUUGUUAUUUUCUAAAGAAAAGAAAAUAAAGUCUAAAACCCAUAAAAAGGAUCAAAUCAAAAAAGAACUUUAA